GCGGCUUUCUCUCUUUGCGAUACCUCGCGGGCUGCGGACUUUUAUCUCGCUUCAACCUCAGCUGACACGCUUUUCGGCUCAUCUCUCCGAUGUCUCUUGCCCUUGCCGCAGCCUCAAACGUUUUGAUCGACUUAUGCUCGAAUCUUUCCUGGUGUCUAUUACGGGACAUGCACUCAAAUGCUGUGUACCAAUCAUGCACAUUCGGACUCAGCACCCUCAUAUCCCGUGAUCGUGUCGCGUACAAUGCCGGUACGCGUGCAACGCAUGUUAGCAACAUUGAGCGUGGUGCCCACUUUCCAAGCUGGCGAAACCCUGAGCAUCGAAGGGAGCGAUGGGCGCUUGGGCGAACGGCGCGAAUCUGUCCAGCGAAGAUGUGCAUUCAUCGUCUGCGGACGAAGAGCUCAACUCGGACGCUUUUGAUGCUUCCGUCUCAGUGGACUCGAACGAGAGCUUCAAAGAGCCGCUAUGGCGGCUCAACUCAUCCGUCAGACGACGCUCUGGCUUACUAAAGACGUUUAUUGUCCUGUUUUGCCUCGGUGUCUGGGCUGUAUCAUUGGCCGUGUCGCUGCUCCAAUCAGAUCGGAUGACACGCCGCGUUUCUAGCUUCCUCACCGCCGCAGCUGACGGUCCGACAAUGACGCCGAACACGCAACGUAAUGCAAACGUCCGGCCAAAUCUACUCAGUCACUGGCACAAGGCGCAAGACUGGCAUCCGCUGGUCGGCAGCAACUCCGAAUGCGCGAUGUAUCAGGAGCGCUACCGUCCAUAUACUACAGGCCAUUGGGUGUCACCUUCGCCACCGCCCCACAAGGGCGUUACCAUUGCUUUGCUGCUGCGCAUGUCCCAUACUGCUUUCCAAGAACCGAUGCGCGCAGAUCGACUGCUGAGCUAUAGAGCUCUGAUCGCUGAGGCCGAGGUAGACGCUGGCAUAGAUGUGUAUUUCGUACCGCACGUGCCGGCCAAUAUCAGCAUCGAAUCCUUCAUGACUACAGUGCGUUCGGAGUUUCGCGAUCGUACAAUCCCCUUUUCGUUCGAGACCGCGUCAGCGCCGUAUCCCGAUGUCGACUGGCAGAACGUCCUGCAUUCCAAUCACAUCGCUGUCGACUACUUCCUCGACCUCACGCAAGCCCAACAGUAUGACGGAGUCUGGUGGGCGGAAGAGGAUGUGAGGCUUCUUGGGUCUUGGAAGACAUUCUUCGAAAAUGUCAAGAGAAGUCUGGCCGUCUCCCGAUGGCAGAGCUGGGUUGCAGAGGAGGAGACUCGAAAGCCACCCAAUCUCAUACUGUUCAUGGGUCAGGAAAGCAACCUCCUGCCGCCAUGGGUUGAAGGUAGAGCCAGAGGCUGCCUGGCGUUCAGCCCGCCAGAGCAUAUCCUCAAAGCAUGGAUUACAAUCGGAUACCUCACGCGAAAGCUCCAUGAGACUUUCAAGGAGCUUUAUCGUUCUGGCAUCAACUGCUACACGGAGGAGUUUAUCCCGACUGCUGCAAGGCACGCUAACCUCAGCACUAUUAGCAUUAGCAUGCCGGUCUACAAGCGCGCGGAUAGGCCCGAGACUACCUUUGACUGGGGUGGUCGAGCUGCUCCCGAUUUCUACCGUGAUUGGAGGGAUUUAGACAUAUGUGUGCCAACACCCAUGUUGCUACAUAAAUGGAAAGUGUAGACCGGCUGAUGCAGCUUCCUUAUGCCCGCG